UAACUGAAAAACAGACAACUGAGCUUAUGGGAUAUCAGUCUCUUCAGUGCGCUCAUUUGGUGAGGAACAUCGAAAAACAUAGUUAGCCAACUGAUUUAUUCAGGGAAACACGAAUAAAAAUGGCGAAACCAGUUUUGUACUAUGCUACACUUAGCCCACCAUCGCGUGCUGUUUUACUGACAGCAAAUUUGCUUGGCCUCGAUUUGGAAUUACGUCCAGUUAACCUACUGAAAGGCGAACACCUAACAGACGAUUUCAUUAAAAUGAAUCCACAACAUACCAUUCCCACUAUGAUAGAUGCAGAUGGCGCAGUGGUAUAUGAUUCUCAUGCCAUUUGUGGUUACUUGGUGGACAAGUAUGGACAGGAUGACAAAUUGUACCCAAAGGAUCUGGUAAAACGUGCGCAAGUGAAUGCACGUCUGCAUUUUGAUUCUGGACAUUUAUUUGCACGUUUGCGUUUUCUUUAUGAGCCGAUUCUAUACUACGGUUCAACCGAUUGCUCCAUGGAUAAAAUCGCCUAUAUUCAGAAGACGUAUGAAAUCAUGGAGGAAAUGCUAAAGGAACACCCUUAUGUAUGUGGUGAGGAUUUGACAAUUGCCGAUCUCUGUUGUGUGGCAACGAUAACUUCUGUUGACGAAGUCGCCCCUAUUGAUGAGUUCAAGUUUCCCAAAUUGUUAGCUUGGAUGAAACGUUUAUCGGAACUACCUAAUUACCAAAAAAUCAAUCAAGAGGGUGCUGAUGAACUGAAGAAAGUCUUUAAAGAAAUUUUAACCAACAAUCGCACAAAACAAAAGUAAUCACGGCUUUGGAUAUUUAUCGCUAUAAUUACUGUUAUUUUUUCGCAACUCAAAAUCGUUUCAUAACAUGAUUUAAGAUUAGUUUUAGAGUAACAGAUUAAUACUUGUGCAAUAAAUUGUGAAAUGUUGAAGUUUAAA